AUGGAAAGCGAACCUGUUGUUCAGAAGCCGAAACAGAAGGCAAACAUUCAUAGACAACCGAAACAGGUGAAAAAUCAAAAGCAGCAGAGGAAUCUAAGGUAUAAGAAAAACCUCUCAGAGCGAAAGCAAUUUUGGCACUCCCAAAAUCCUUACUAUGCUCACUUUGAUAGAAACUCCAAGGCAAAAGGAGAAGAGAAAAAGGAUAAAGGAAGCUUCGAUCCUUUGGAUCAAAAGAACCAAAAGAAGACUUCUGGGUCACAGAAAGAACAAGACCAAGAAGACAGGUUUGAUCCUGAAAGUAACAACAACCGAAAGUCUAGUUUCGUUCCACCAAACAACAACAACCAAAGACCAGGGUUCAGUCCAUCUAGCUUUUAUAGCAGAAGACCCAGUCUCGGUCCAGAGAUCCACAACAACCGAAAAGCCGGUUUCGGUCCGUCGUCAAACUGGAACCGAUGGUCAAGGUUCGGUCCCUCAAAUGAUCACAACAGAAAGGGUCAUUUCAAACCUGAAGGCAGGAGAGAGUCUCAUUCUAAUUCUUCUAAUUCUUCUCCUUCUCAUUUUUCUUCUAAGGCUAACUCUCGUCCUACACCAAACUGA